AUGAUGGCCAUGAAACGAAAGGUCUCAUCAGAGGGGCUCAUAACCCCUAAACGACACCAGAAGCAGAGCGUCCUAGACAAUUCCGACUUGAUCUAUGAGGAAAAUCACUCUGACGCCGAGUACUCAGAUCCUGGAACUCCAAGCUUAAUGAGUGAAGACAUGGACGGAUCUCCAAUGACCCCAUUCUCGGCCACCUCUUCCCGCCGUGACCGAUUCCCAUCCGAGUUCAAAACCCUACGUUGCCCAUUCGAAGGGUGCGACAAGGCCUUCAAUCGUCCGGCUCGACUCAAGGAGCAUAUUCGAUCACACAACAACGAAAGAAUCUUCAAGUGUGAGGCCGAGGGCUGUGAUAAGACAUUCUUGCGCAUUUCUCACCUUCAACAUCAUGUCAAGAGUGCACAUACGGGUGUUCGAGACUACGUUUGCGACUACCCGGGUUGUAAUAAGAGCUUUGUGAACGGGUCACGGCUUCGCCGGCAUGUCGCUACACACGAUGGACAUGAUACGUAUCGAUGUACCGACUACCCACCUUGCCUCCAGACAUUCCGGAAGCACUCGACGCUACAGAAACACAUCAUGGUUGUUCACUUGAACCAUAAGCCAUUUCCAUGUACUUAUGUGGACCCAAUUACCAAAGAGAAAUGCGGGAUGGCUUUUGACAAGGCUGGUAACCUGCGGACACACCAGAGCAGGGUCCAUGCCGAGAAGCGAUUCACUUGUGCAGAAUGUGCCGAACAGAUGGAAGCCCAGUCAUCAGAAACGGCCGACGACAGCGCAAAACAGGACGUAUCCUUCCCCACGUAUGCCAGUCUACAAAAUCACAUUCGGAUUAUUCACCCUCCCUCAUGUCCCCAGUGUCCGUUGGUUUGUUCCACAGCACGAGGGUUGCGACGCCACCUCGAGAUAGCCCACGGCAAUGUCACUCUUGAAGAGCGAAAGAUAUUCCCGUGCUCUUUCCCCGGAUGCGGACGCAGCUUCACCAAGCAAGGCAACCUGACCGUCCACGUUCGCACAGUACACGACGGCGAAAAACGGUUUGUCUGCGGUGAAACAGAUCUCUCCAAAUCCACCAGGCUGGAUGGAUGGGAUGGCGUCGGCUGUGGCAAGCGCUACGGAAACAAGGUGACCCUCGAAGACCACAUCCGCGUUGCACACCUGGGUCUUCCGAAUGCCAGGCAACGGCGCCAAGAAAAGGCGAGCCUAAAAUCGACGCAGAAUUCUGUUUCCACUCUUUCCGCUCUCACAGGCCAAGGCUACGCCGAGGAAACAGGACGACAGAUCGCAUGCUUUUACCCUGAGACGUGCCCACAUCGUUUCCAUCGCAACUACGAUUUGUGGGUACACAUGACCACCAAACACAGCUGCACCGAGGACGAGGUCCAGAACCUCUUUAUGCAGCGUGCAUUGCUUAGCGAUGAGUCUACCCCUGGAGUUAACUCGCUGGGAAUCUACGGUCUUGGAUAUGAUCAGGAUGGCCCGUCUUACUACCAACAAUCCUAUGCAGGAGGAGACCACUCCUCGGAUGUUGCUUUUGGCUCACAGUCGAAUGAGUCAUCUUAUCUCCCUAGUCAACCGGGCUUGGAUUCUGAUUACUUGAUGCAAGACGAUUUCCCAAUGAGUGCGGCGGCUCUUUGA